AUGUGGUGGCUGCUCGAUCAGUUCUUGACCUGCCCAUGCCUGGGCAGGGGAAAGGACGCCCCCUUGCUGCCGGAAGAAGACAGCGGAGGUGGUGCUGACUUCGGGUGGGCCGUUGCCAAGAACCAGAGACAGAGGAUGGAAGAUGCUGUGGACGUCCAGGAGGACGUGGCAGGAUUCCGGAUGUUCGCAGUCUAUGAUGGGCACGCCGGCGACGAGGCAGUGUCCAUCAUCAAAAAAACCUUGCCGGACAUCCUCAGAACGCAUCUUCAGGAGGAGCCUGACGUUGAGGAAGCCAUUCGCCUGGCCUUCCGCAACACCGACGAAGAGCUCAUGAAGACAGUCUUGGCGGCAGCUCGAAAACCCGAGGAGGUCAAGGUGUCCUCGGGCACCGUUGCAGUCCUGGCCCUCGUGAAGGACAAGGACCUUUGGAUCUGCAACCUCGGCGAUUGCCGAGCGGUCCUGUGCACCGAUGGCACCAAAGCCAAGGCUGUCUCGGCUGAUCACGGGGCGGAAAAGAACCCAGCCGAAGCCGAACGGCUUCAGAAGCUUGGGGUUGAAGUGCGCGGAGGCUAUGUUGGAGACCACGUGGCCGUCUCUCGCGCCUUUGGGAACAUCACCUAUGCAAGCGGCGAGAAGGUGAAGGGCAUCAUCAAUGAGCCCGAUGUGUAUAAAAUUGAGAUUGAUGAGGAGACCGAUUUUUUGAUCCUGGCCUCGGAUGGCAUUUGGGACCCUCUUAAGGAUCAAUUUGCGGUGACCCAUGCUCGAAGGGCAUUGCGAACAACCGAGCAACCACAGGAUGCCGCGAAGGCAGUGGUCGAAAAUGCCGCGAAAGUCAGCGCAGCUGACAACGCAGCUGCGAUAGUACUAGUUUUCAAGUUCCCAGAGCCUCUGCCGAAGAGGAACACGAGGCCACGUAUGACCCUCGCCGGCUUGAAUGAGCCAUAA